CCUCCACCGGCCCCGGCAGCCCCCCAGCGCCCACCUGCCCCCAACCUGCCCCCCAGCUGCCCCCGGGCGGGGCCGAGUCUCUCGGAAGCGGAAGCGGCGGCUCCUCCCCCAGCGCCGAGCCGAGCCGCUGCAGGGUGCCUGGGGCCAUGUCGCGGCCGCUGAGCCAGAGGAGCGACCUGGCCAAUGACAACAGCUGCCCGGGGCUGAGCUUGGCGCUGCGGGCGCCCCACAGCGAGCUGCUGAAUGGCACGCUGCCGUGCCAGGCCUCGCCCCCGGGGCACCGCCCCUGCGCCUGCCCCGCCCUACACAGCGCCCUGGGUCCGGGCCCCCCGCCUGCAGAGGAGCCCGCCAACGCCAAGUGGGUGAAGGACGGGCAGAACCAGCUGCGCCAGGCGGCCGAGCAGGACCAGAACCGCAACGAGCUUGGCCCCCUGGCCACGGCGCUGCUCAGUGACCUGCCCCUGGGGGGCCCGGAGGAGGAGGAGGAGGAGGACGCCGACUCCACCCCGGUACAGAGCGACCCCAUCACGGCUGAGUCGGAGCAGAGCUCGGAGCGCGCGCCCCGCGAGCCCGGCAAGAGCGCCAGCCUGCUCUUCGGCCCGCGGGCCAGCGCCCCCAGCGACGAGGACUCCAGCUGGGCCACGCUGAGCCAGGGCAGCCCGGCCUGCAGCUCCCCCGACGACACAGACGCCUCCUGGGCCCGCAACGCCUUCGAGACGGACUCAGACCUGCCGGCCGGAUGGGUGAGGGUGCAGGACGCCUCGGGCACCUACUACUGGCACAUCCCCACGGGCACCACGCAGUGGGAGCCGCCCACAGACCUGGGGCAGGGCGAGGGGGGCCGCGGCCCCGACCGUGACUCCCAGGGGAACACGCCCACCGAAGAGCAGCAGCUCACCUGGACGGGCUUUGUGGAGGCCGAGCGCUUGGCGGAUGCCGAGGGCUGGAAGGACGUCCCGUCGGAGGAGGGGACCCCGGAGCCCGGGCAGCAGGGCUUGGAGCAGCCCACCCUGCACCUGGCACUGCUGAGCCUCGCCGCCCCGAAAGCCGAGGAACAGACGCUGCAUCUGGGCUCGCCCCUGGGCUCCAAGAGCUUCCCGGUGCGGUCGCUGGGCUGGGUGGAGAUGAGCGAGGAGGAGCUGGCGCCAGGCAAGAGCAGCGCGGCUGUGAACUCCUGCAUCCGCCAGCUGGCCCCCCGCGGGCCCUCCCCGCCGGGGGGCUGGGACCAGGGCCGGGCCAUGCUGAUGUUCCUGGACCACGAGACGCUGCAGCUGGUGGAGCCGGUGGAGCGGACGCUGCUGCACGCCCAGCCCGUGGCCACCAUCCGCGUGUGGGGCGUCGGCCGGGACGAUGGCAGGGACUUUGCCUACGUGGCCCGGGACCCACUGACACAGAUGCUGAAAUGCCACGUGUUCCGGUGCGAGACGCCAGCCAAGCGCAUCGCCACCAGCCUGCAGGGGGUCUGCUCCCAGAUGAUGGCGCAGCGGCAGAGCACCCGGGCCCUGGUGAACAGCCUCGCACUGGAGCACGCCAAGAUGGUGGAGAUUCCCUUCCAAGUGGAGUUCCCGGCCCCCAAGACUGAGCUGGUGCAGAAGUUCCAGGUCUCCUACCUGGGCAGCGCGCCCGUCGCCAGGCCUGUGGGCAUGGACGUGAUCAACGCGGCCCUGGACUCGGCGCUGGCGGCCCCCAGCCGGGACCACUGGACCCCCAGCCACGUCCACGUAGCCCCCGCCACGCUCAGCAUCACCCAUGCGCAGACGGAGGCGGUGCUGUGCGAGUGCCGGGUGCGGUUUCUCUCCUUCAUGGGCGUGGGCCGGGACGUUCGCUCCUUCGCCUUCAUCACGGCCAGCGCCCCGGGCGCCUUCCACUGCCACAUGGUCUGGUGCCGGCCCAACGCCGCCGGGCUCAGCGAGGCCCUGCAGGCCGCCUGCAUGCUGCGCUAUCAGAAGUGCCUAGACGCCCGGCCCCAGGCCCCCAGCUCCUGCCUGCCCGCGCCGCCCGCUGACUCCGUGGCCCGGCGCGUGGGGUCCAGCGUCCGCAGGGGCGUCCGGAGCUUGCUGGGCAGCCUGAAGCCCGCACGCCUCGGGGCGCAGACGCCGUGAGCCGGGGCGACCCCGCCGGGGGCAGCCUGCCAGGGCUACGGGCACAACGCAGGGGACAGGCCAUGGCUGGGCCCACGGCAGCAGCCCCACGGCACCUGGGCUGCCCGCCCUCCCCCCAUCUGCAGGCCCCCACCCCUCCCGCCCCGGCUCUGUUCUGGGCCCUGAGACGGGGAUCCUGGCUCAGCCCCACCCCCGGCCCAUGGGGCCCCGCCCCCCUGCAUGUGACCCACUGGUUAGUGCUGGGGGGGCCCUGGGAGCUGCGUCUAGGCUGUCACGCGGUCGGUGUUGUACUAACUCGUUAAUAAACCCGGCCGGCCUGACCGGCCCGGCCCGCUCUGUGCA